UAUAUAUUCAAUUUUAUCAUUUUUAUAUAUUUAUAAUUUAUAUUUUUGUAUAUUUUACUUCUAUCCUUAUUGAUAACUAAUAUCUUUUCUCAUAAUUUCAUAUUUCUUGUCAGCAACAUAAUACCAUUAUAUAAUACCAUUAUAAUACCAUUACGUUGCUGACAAAAAAGUUUUAUAUCAUUCGCCAGCAGUAUUUGAUAAUUGAACUGCUAUGAAACAUUAUUUUCUCAAGUACAACAGAUACUAUAUUUUGAUACAUAUAAAUAAUGUGAUUUAUAUCCAUAAUUGUUAAUACAUUCAAUAAUAUAACUGAAAGAGAAUUUGUCCAAAAUGUAACAAAAAAGAGGACUAAAUAUAAAAGUGUCCUUAUAUCUCAGUUUUCUACCAGACGAAACCAUUUGUAAGUUUAUGAGCUUCUUUCUUAAAAGAUCUCUGUCAAAUUGAACUAUGCAAUAUUUAUAUAAAUGAUGAUAAAACACAUCAAUAUAAUAUGUUAAUAUAACCUAUCCAUUUUGAAAACUGAGUUUAAUUCACUUUUGCAUUGCCUCUUUUACAAGUAAUUUUAAUGUGCAUGUGUACAUUCUAUAUAACAAACAAUCAUAGAAAAUGUUUAUUCUUUAAAUAGUUAAAUGAUAACGUCGCUUUAUAAUUCCAUUUGAAAGUUACAUUUAAUGUAUUUGUACUCGUAGCUGCAAUUUAGAUCUAAAAACUGAUGUAUAUCGAAUGUUCAACAACUCAAGAUAUUAAAUUCAAGUUAAUAUAGGAGUACUCCAAUAUGACUGUAGGAUAAAAAUGAUAUCAUGACUUAUUCUUAUAUGGUAUUACUUUUCAAUGAUAUUCUUACCAAUGCAUUGUUAUAUUAUUGCAUUGUUAUAUUAUUUUAGAACAUAAAAUAUGUUAUUUUAUAAUGUAUACAAUACAUUACAAUAACUAACAUAAAAAAUCUAGUACUUAGCAAUAUACUUAUGUUCUUCAUGUAUAUGUUUAUAUCUUUUAUUAAAUUUUGCUAUAGAUGUAUAGAAAUGAAUGUAUAACAAAUUUCGGAUAAAAUUAAUCUGGAGCUUGUUGCUCUAUUACUAGAGAUACAAUAUAACGCAGAUUAAAUUAAAAAAUUAGUAUAAAUUGUAGAUUUCAAUGAUAGAAAAAUAAUCACUGUACUUGAAAGAACUAAAUUGUAGAUAUUCUCGAUAUUUCAUUAAGUUGUAAUCAUUUCUAUCAAUUGAUAGUACUUAAAAUAUGUUUUUUGUAAUUUUAUCCGUCGUAUAAUCUAAUCCUCUGAAUUACUUUUUAUAAAACGAAAUAUAGUCUCGUCUGCUAAAUAAUAUGCAUUAUACCUUGAAUCAACAGACACUUUAUAAUUUCCAAAUUUAUGUUUUAAUUUAGUGAUUGUGAAUAAUUUCAAAAUAACAAUGAAGAUAUAAAUUGAACUGAAAGAAAUUGCGUACCGAUUUGAAACUUUGUGGAUUGGUGAAAGAAACAUUACGUCAAAAGAGGGCAUUACUGUCACCAGAAAUUCACAAGAAUUAAUCUCGAAACGGCCAAUCAACGAAGAACGUAUUAAUGCGCAAAGGCAAAGAGAACCGCGAUCUCGCCGACUGUCAGUCGGUGAUGAGAAACGAACACUCUGUAAAAAUAAGUACGAGUAUAGUGUGAUUUCUCGAGCGAACGUAUGUACAUAGAGUAUACGUAUACGUGCGUAAUUUUCGAUUCUUGAAUUUGAUCUGAUUGUGCCUAGCAAAGACGACACACGCGUAUUUUCUCUCUCUCGUGCGCGCGAUAAAUAUGACCGAAAGCGGGUUUCGACGUUAUGUGACCCGCGUAAUACGAGCGCAUAUAUGGCUAUAAGAGAAGUAUAAUUUCGUGUUGUAUAAAUCUCAGCUUUGCUUAAUACCACGAAGUAGUGAAGGAUCGCUGACAGUGACGGAAGAGCGACCGUUUGCAUUUGAAAAGAAAUACAUUAGGAGAAAUAGAGAGGGAGAGAGAGGGAAGAAAAUCUAUAGACGUCGAUCUUUUUCUCUCGAAGUUCGUCUUCGCUUUUCCUCUACUGUUAUCCGUUUCUUUCUUUCUUUGUCCCUCCCUCCGCCUUGAACCAUCUUUUCUCUCUCUCUCUCUCUCUCUCUCUCUCUCUCGCUUACCAAUCGUUCGGACGUAACCUCUGUGUGUACUGUUCAAUCGUCGUCUACCUACCGGUGUCGUAAGAGAUCCUGUGUCCAUAGAAUUUUUUCUCGAGUUUGGAGGAAAAGAAAAAAAAAAGAGAUAGGAAAGAUCGUCAAUCCAUCGUAAUGUUGAUAUUAAGAUCAUUCUUGUCCUGGUCUACGUUCAUAUUCACAUUCUCCUAUACGUUACCGUCAAUGUCGUCUUUCGCGUCGUGCUAAAAAUAUGCAACUUUAAGGGAAGAGGCGAACCACACACGUUUAUUCCACAUCCUGAAAGUGCGGAUCGACGUAGCACAAGCUGCGUGCGAUAGAAGAGAAGGCAGGCGGCAAUAAAAGAGUUUAUGGUGGCAACGGUGGUGGUAGUGGAAGUGUUGGUGUAGUGCUGCUGCUGUUGGUGGUGGUGGUGGAGGAGACGGACGAGGAGGAAGAGGAGGCGGCGGCGACGGCGCCGGAGGACACCUCGUGUGUGCUCGCUCCGAGCGGGUAACCGUCGAAGUGGUAACUUUCUUCUUUGCGGCUAGAAACUAUCAUCGGGGAAAAAUGGCGGACCUAGAGGCGGUGCUGGCGGACGUCAGCUAUUUGAUGGCCAUGGAAAAGAGCAAGUGUACGCCGGCUGCACGCGCUAGCAAGAAGAUCGUUCUGCCCGAUCCUAGACUCACUGAUUCAGGUUAAAUAGACGAAUGUAGGAACCAACAAUAUAUGGCCAAGUGUGAGAAGCGUAAUGCAUAAAUAUCUUGAGAAGAAGAACGAAGUAAAUUUCGAUAAAAUAUUUAAUCAAAUGUUAGGUUAUCUUUUAUUCAAAGACUUCUGUGAAACUGUAGCAGAGGAACCAAUUCCACAACUUAGGUUUUAUGAAGAGAUUAAAGCUUAUGAAAAACUUGAAUGCCCUGAAGAAAGGAGAAAACUUGCUAGAGAAAUCUAUGAUAAUUUCAUCAUGAAAGAGUUACUUGCACAUGCACAUGAAUACUCAGCAGAAGCUGUUUCUCACGUACACAAGUACCUUAUGAAAAAUGAGGUUCCCAUUAAUUUGUUUGAGCCUUAUAUAGAAGAAAUUUUUAAUCAUUUACGAGGCGAACCGUUUAAGAAGUUCUUGGAAAGUGAUAAAUACACUCGUUUUUGUCAGUGGAAGAAUUUAGAAUUAAACAUUCAGCUGACAAUGAACGAUUUUAGUGUACAUCGAAUUAUAGGAAGAGGUGGAUUUGGUGAAGUUUAUGGUUGUCGAAAAGCAGAUACUGGGAAAAUGUAUGCUAUGAAGUGCCUCGAUAAAAAACGUAUAAAAAUGAAACAGGGUGAAACCUUGGCACUUAACGAAAGGAUAAUGCUCUCUCUAGUCAGUACUGGGGUGGAUUGCCCAUUUAUAGUAUGUAUGACAUACGCAUUCCACACACCAGAUAAAUUAUGUUUUAUAUUGGAUUUAAUGAAUGGAGGUGAUUUACAUUAUCAUUUAAGUCAACAUGGCGUAUUUAACGAGCCAGAAAUGAAAUUUUACGCAGCCGAAGUAAUUCUUGGAUUAGAGCAUAUGCAUCGCAGAUAUAUAGUAUAUCGUGAUUUAAAACCAGCAAAUAUUCUCUUAGAUGAACAUGGACACGUAAGAAUAUCAGAUUUAGGAUUAGCAUGUGACUUUUCAAAAAAGAAACCACAUGCGAGCGUAGGUACACAUGGAUACAUGGCACCAGAAGUUCUUUCAAAAGGUACACCAUAUGAUUCGAGCGCGGACUGGUUCUCCUUUGGAUGUAUGCUGUAUAAGCUUUUGAAAGGACACAGUCCUUUCAGACAACAUAAAACUAAGGAUAAACAUGAAAUUGACCGCAUGACUCUCACUAUGAAUGUAGAAUUACCCGAAACAUUCUCGAGAGAACUACGAUCGCUUUUAGAAGGUUUACUACAAAGAGACAUCAAUAGCAGGCUUGGAUGUCGUGGAGGAGGAGCUGAUGAAUUAAAAGAGCAUCCAUUUUUUAAUGGGAUAGAUUGGCAGCAGGUCUAUCUGCAAAAAUAUACACCUCCUUUAAUACCACCUCGUGGAGAAGUGAAUGCUGCAGACGCUUUCGAUAUUGGUUCAUUCGAUGAGGAAGACACGAAAGGCAUCAAACUGACCGAUGCUGAUCAAGACCUAUAUAAAAAUUUUCCUCUUGUUAUUUCUGAAAGGUGGCAAGCUGAAGUAGCCGAAACAGUUUUUGAGACAAUUAACAAUGAAGCAGAUAAGAUGGAAAACAAGAAAAAAGCGAAACAAAAAUUGCGAUUUGAUAUUGACGAUGAAAAAGGCUCUGAUUGUAUUUUACACGGAUAUAUAAAAAAAUUAGGAGGUCCUUUUGCAAGCGCUUGGCAGACACGUUAUGCUAAGUUAUACCCAAAUCGAUUAGAGUUGCAUCCAGAAUCUGCUACAAAACCUGAACUCGUAUUCCUAGAUCAGAUAGAGGAAGUUGGAGCUGACCUACAGCAUGUAAAAGGAGAACAAUGUAUUGUUGUUCGUACGAAGGAUGCCAAAAUUGUACUUACGAAUCCUGACGAGAUAAGUUUAAAAGAGUGGGCAUUGUCAUUAAGAUCAGCACACAAAUGUUCGAUGGAGAUGCUCGGUAAUAUGGCAAGAAAAGCUGGCAAGAUUUAUGGGACUGAACGUGAUGCCGUGAUUCCGGCGAUGCAGCGUUCAACGAACGGCAACUAGCCCAUUAUUAGUAUGUGUGCAUCGACAUACUCCAGUCCCACUGCCCCGCAGCAACAGCAGCAGCAACUUUUUUUAUACUAAGAAAUAAUGGCAAAGAAGAAUAAGAUGAGAAGAAAAAAAAGAAAAUUAGAACGGGCACAUUACGUUAGAAGAGCUCGUUGGAUUUUCUGUAAUUUAAAACUGAGACAUCUUUCCCAUCUCAUACCCCUCUCCCCCAACUUUUGCCCUAAUCUCAAUUCCAAUAUACCACAUAUGGAUGAUACAAAUCGUCCCCAAAGAAGAAGUUCCCUUGUAUGGCGGUUAGUACCGCACUGUAUAGAGACUCUAGAAAGUAGUGUCGUUUAAUAACAUACAAGGGCCGAGAGUGAGUCCACACUUAGACUUGGGCGUUCUAGUUUAUUCGCUCGGAUGCAUAGCGUCACGUCAUUAUAUUUGUACGUUAGCUCUAUGUGCAAUGUGACGUAGUAAACUAGCGACCGAAAUCAUCGACACACGCAACAGCAUACGAAGAUUAUGGUGAUGAAGAAGUUCACGCGAUAAAGAAAACAAUCACGAAAUGAACUUGAUAAUAUGUUAUAAUAUCAUUAUUACACCACGGAAAUCGUAUCCUAAUUACUCUUCCGCGUUGUACUGUUCAUUUACUUAAUUUAUUUACACAAUGCAGGACGGUUUUAUAUUAUCUCUAAGGAUAACAAAAAAAACGAUUUAUUAUUUAUUAUGUUAUUGUACUAAGAAAGAUAAAAAGAAAAAUAGAGCGAGUAUGUAUGUACGUAGGUGUAUAUGUGGUAUGUAUGACGCAUGCUUGUAUGUUAGAACGAACGAAAGAAAAAAAAAGAGUAAAAGAGAAAUCGUAUAUUGUUGUAACUGUGUACGCUUGGGUAGAUGUAAUAUGUGCAUCUACCCUGGCAAUAAAACAUGCGACGAACGUAAUGAACAA